AUGCUUUUCUCUGGCAGGCAGUGUGACCAUGUUGGCAGACCUGAAGAACUUUUACUGACGUUAAAGAUAUUCCUUGUCAUCAUUUGUCUUCAUGUCACUGUGGUUACAUCCCUGGAAGAGCAUGCUGAUAAUUCCAGUUUGUUAUCACCUUCUGCUGAAUCAUCUCUUGUUCCUUUUGUCCCCUACUCCAAUGGUACUCCAGAGGUUGAAACUACAAGCUUAAAUGAUGCUACUUCGAGCGUAUUAUCUACUUUGAACAAAACAGAAAAAACUAAAAUCACUAUAGUAAAAACCUUCAAUGCAUCAGGUGUCAAACCCCAGAGAAAUAUCUGCAAUUUGUCAUCUAUUUGCAAUGACUCAGCCUUUUUUAGAGGUGAGGUCAUGUUUCAAUAUGAUGAAGAAAGCAAUGUUACCCAGAAUCAAGUUAUGGCUAAUGGCACCUCAACUGGAAUCCUGUCUCUAAGGGAAUUGAAACGAUCAGAACUCAACAAAACCCUGCAAACUUUAAGUGAGACUUAUUUUAUAGUGUGUGCUACAGCAGAGGCCCAAAGCACAUUAAAUUGUACAUUCACAAUAAAACUGCAUAAGACAAUGAACAUAUGUGCUGUGAUGGUUGCUUUGCAAACAGUAAAGAUUCGACCGAUGGAACAGUGCUGCUGUUCUGUCAGGAUCCCCUGCCCUUCCUCCCCGGAAGAGUUAGAAAAACUGCAGUGUGACGUGCAAGAUCCCGUUGUGUGUCUUGCUGGUCAUCCACAUGGUACACCAUUUUCUUCUUCCAGCAAUUCCAUCCCAGUUGCUCCUCAGGCCACCAUUGAGUCCCAGACCUCCAGUGCCUUCUCUUUUGCUGAGCCUCUAGCUCAUCCAGCUGUAAUCCAGAGCCCUCACUCUCCAACAGGGGUGAUUCCCCUUUCUUCUCCCCAGCCUUCAGCUCCCAUAGCUUCCAGCCCUGCCAUUGAUAUGCUCCCCCAGUCUGGAACUAUCUCUUCCCCUGCGCCUCCAACUCAUCUUUCCCACACCCUGCCACCUGUGAAAUCCGUACCUCCCUCUCCCACCACGUCUGCCCCUGUGAAUGUCAACACGACCAGCACACCUCCUGACAAGACAGAAAUUGUUCACACCAGCAGCGUCAGUGUUUCUGAGCUUGAGAACCAAGUGUCCCGGAUGGAGAAGGUUCUUUCCUUAGGCAGCUUGGAGCCUAACCUCGCAGGACAAAUGAUAAACCAAGUCAGCAGACUCCUUCAUUCCCCGCCCACCUUGCUGGCCCCUUUGGCCCAAAGAUUGCUAAAAGUAGUGGAUGACAUUGGCUUACAGCUGAAUUUUUCAACCAAGACCGUAAGUCUGACCUCCCCUUCUUUGGCUCUGGCUGUGAUCAGAGUGAAUGCCAGUAAUUUUGACACAACUACUUUUGCUGCCCAAGACCCUGCAAAUCUUCAGGUUUCUCUGGAAACUCAGGCUCCUGAGAACAGUAUUGGUGUUAUUACUCUGCCUUCUUCGCUGAUGAGUAAUUUACCAGCUAAUGAUGUGGAGCUGGCUUCCAGGGUGCAGUUCAACUUUUUUGAAACACCUGCCCUGUUUCAGGACCCUGCCUUGGAGAACCUCUCUCUGAUCAGCUAUGUCAUUUCCUCGAGCGUGGCGAACCUGACAGUCAAGAAUUUGACAAGAAACGUGACGGUUACAUUAAAGCACGUCCACCGGAGCCAGGAUGACUUAACAGUGAGAUGUGUAUUUUGGGACUUGGGCAGAAAUGGUGGCAGAGGAGGCUGGUCAUCUGAUGGCUGCUUUGUCAAAGACAGGAGGCUAAAUGAAACCACCUGUACCUGUAGCCACCUUACAAGCUUCGGCGUCCUACUGGACUUGUCUCGAACAUCCUUGCCACCGGCUCAGAUAAUGGCCCUGACAUUUAUCACCUAUAUUGGUUGUGGGCUUUCAUCAAUUUUUUUGUCAGUUACUCUUGUAACCUACAUAGCCUUUGAAAAGAUCCGGAGGGAUUACCCUUCCAAAAUCCUCAUCCAGCUGUGUGCGGCUCUGCUGCUGCUGAACCUGGUGUUCCUCUUGGACUCGUGGAUUGCUUUGUAUGACAUAAGAGGCCUCUGCAUCUCAGUGGCUAUAUUUCUGCAUUAUUUUCUCUUGGUCUCGUUCACUUGGAUGGGCCUGGAAGCAUUCCAUAUGUACCUGGCCCUUGUCAAAGUGUUUAAUACUUACAUCCGAAAAUACAUCCUUAAAUUCUGCAUUGUUGGUUGGGGGGUACCAGCUGUGGUUGUGACCAUUGUCCUGAUUAUAUCUCCAGAUAACUAUGGACUUGGAUCCUAUGGGAAAUUCCCCAACGGGUCACCUGAUGACUUUUGCUGGAUCAACAGCAAUGCUGUAUUCUAUAUUACGGUUGUGGGAUAUUUCUGUGUGAUAUUUUUGCUGAAUGUCAGCAUGUUCAUUGUGGUCCUGGUUCAACUUUGUCGAAUUAAAAAGAAGAAGCAACUGGGAGCCCAGCGAAAAACCAGUAUUCAAGAUCUCAGGAGUGUCGCUGGCCUUACGUUUUUACUAGGAAUUACUUGGGGCUUUGCCUUCUUUGCCUGGGGACCAGUUAAUGUCACCUUCAUGUAUCUCUUUGCCAUCUUUAACACCUUACAAGGAUUUUUCAUAUUCAUCUUUUACUGUGUAGCAAAAGAGAAUGUCAGAAAGCAGUGGAGACGGUAUCUGUGUUGUGGAAAGUUACGACUGGCUGAAAAUUCUGACUGGAGUAAAACUGCUACUAAUGGUUUAAAGAAGCAGACUGUAAACCAAGGAGUGUCGAGCUCUUCAAAUUCCUUACAGUCAAACAGUAACUCCACCCAGUCCACCACGCUGCUAGUGAAUAAUGAUUGCUCAGGACUCACGAGUGGAAACGCGAACGCUUCUACAGAGAAGAAUGGUUUUUCUUUCAAUCUUCAGAAUGGAGAUGUGUGCCUCCAUGAUUUCACUGGAAAACAGCACAUGUUUAAUGAGAAAGAAGAUUCUUGCAGUGGUAAAAACCGUAUCGCUCUAAGAAGGACUUCAAAGCGGGGAAGCUUACACUUUAUUGAGCAAAUGUGA